CCUCGCCGCCGCUGCGGUUCGGGAGUUAUCCGUUCGAGGUUGAUGCGUGCGUGCCUUCGCCCAAAGUUUUCAGCGCAACCUCCGCCUUUCCUCUUCUGGGCUGGAUUCACGUAAACUUCGCCGCUUCCAGGCAACCGAUACUGCUGCUUCUUCUUUUGCUGUGCUACCUGCCCUGCUGCAAAGUUUCUUGCUUUAAUCUCGUGCCUUUCUGAAAGCUAAAUAGUGGACAUUUGCCUUGUUUGAAGCUUGCGGUUUCCGGACCGGACCACGGUCAUUUCUUCUGGAUUUCGCGUACAAACCGCCCUUCCUUCUUUAGCCGUGAGCCGUGACACCCGCGUACGGAGGUCAAGCUGUGUAUAUAGGCUGCUGUGCGUUCCUCAUUCUAGUUCACUCCUUCGAUUGAUUGUAUUCGAAAGUUCUUUUUCUCCGGUCGGAGCGCGCGGUUCUUUCUGUCGUCCAAAGCAGAAUCCGUGCGGCCGGCCAUGGGGCGUGCCAUGAGAUGGCUCAAGAAGGUGCUGACAGGCAGGAAGGAAGGGCACAGGGGCCUCAAGGAGAUCCAUGCCGCGACCGACUUGCGUGGCGCGGCCGAGAAGGAGACGACCGGGAGGUGGAGCUUCGUGAAGCAGAGGAAGAGCGGAGUCGACGGCGGGAAGCGAUCUUCAGAUCAGGCCCCCGUCGCCGUGGCGGAGCCAUCGCAGGGGAGGUUGUGCCGUUGUGCCGGUGGAGUGGAGGUGAGAGCGCGCGAGGAGAUGGCGGCUCUCGUGAUUCAGAAAGCCUUCAGAGGUUACCUGGCUAGGAAGGCGCUCCGCGCUCUCAGAUCACUGGUGAAGCUGCAGGCUCUGGUCAGGGGCUACCUCGUGAGGAAGCAAGCAACCACGACUCUGCACAGGCUGCAGGCGCUCAUGCGACUGCAGGCCGAUACCUACGCCGUCAAGCGAGACUCCUACCGGAAAUCCACAGAACAAGAGAGGAUCGUGGCGCAAGAUGCUCGGACGAAGCCGUCGCACCGGCGGAGGCUGUCGGACAGCACGGACUCCAACUACGAGCAGCGCGGGAGCCCGCGGAUCGUGGAGAUGGACACGUGCCAGCUCCGCUCCAGGUCCACCAGGAUCACGACGAGCGGCCGGCACGCGCACAACACCACCCCGGAUCGCUCCUCGUUCUCGCCGCAGUCCGUCAUCAAGCAGCCCCCACGGCUCUCCACGCGGCACCAUGAGCGGGAGCGCGACUACCCCGCCAGGCACGCCAAGACGGCGCAGAACACGCCGCGCUUCCUCUUCGGGCACGGCCCCCCGGCGUACGAGUACGACUCGCCCGCCAAGAGCGUCGACGGCGGCGGCGGGCUGACGACGCCGUCGCGGCUGCUUAUCUCGCACCGGGACCUGCUCGUCAGCCCGCGGUACAUGGCGGGCACGGCAUCAUCUGCGGCGAGGAUGCGGUGCCAGAGCGCGCCCAGGCAGCGGCAGCUCCAGGGCCAGGGCGGCGAGGGGCCAAGGGCGAGCCUGACGCAGCUGGCCGGGUCGAGGAAGUCGGCGUGCACGCACAUGCAGGCCGGUGGCUUCUGCUUACACUGCUCGGAAGCCGCCACCCACACCGGCUGUUCCGAUGUCAGCGACGAGGCGGCCAGGGAUUACUACUUGGACAGGAUGUGGUGAUCGGCCGAUAUAUCAGACGAUGGUUGGUGUAAGAUAGUCUCCAAAAUCUGUACAUGCUUAGGUGCUAAAGUGUUAUAAAGUCAAGGCAUAAGUACGUGAGUCACAAGUUGGUUUUUUCUUGAGUAAAUUUCACACCACCGCAGUUUUCAUGUCAAACUUCUCACGCAACCCCACUUUUACUUAAUUUGUCCGGAAACCAAAUUUUUCAGUCA